CUUCCGCCUCCGUUGAAGGCGGAAGUCAGCACGGGGCAAGAUGGCGGCGGCAGGGUGGCUGUGCGCUCUGCUGUGCCUGGCGGCGGCCGCACACGGCAAGCGGAGCCCUGUGAAGGUGCUGUCGGACGGCAUGUGGCGGGAGCUGCUGCACGGAGAGUGGAUGGUGGAGUUCUAUGCCCCUUGGUGCCCCGCCUGCCAGAACCUGCAGCCCGAGUGGGAGAAGUUUGCUGAGUGGGGCGAGGACCUGGAAGUGAACAUCGCCAAAGUGGAUGUCACGGAGCAGCCGGGAUUAAGUGGACGAUUUGUCAUAACAGCUCUUCCUACCAUCUAUCACUGUAAAGAUGGGGAGUUCAGAAGAUACCAGGGUGCAAGAACUAAAUCUGAUUUCAUAAAUUUCAUCAGUGACCAGGAAUGGAAAUCUAUUGAACCAGUUUCAUCAUGGUUUGGUCCUUCCUCUUUCCUGAUGAGCAGUAUGUCAGCUUUGUUCCAGUUGUCAAUGUGGAUCAGGCACUGCCAUAAUUAUUUAACAGAAAAUGUUGGAAUACCAGUCUGGGGCUCGUAUGCUGUGUUUGCGUUGGCAACUCUAUUCUCAGGACUGAUACUGGGACUUAUAAUUGUGUUCUUAGCAGACUGUAUCUGUCCAUCCAAAAAAUACAGACCGCCACAAUACCCUCACUCAAGAAAGCUAGCUCCAGAGUCAGCUCAGCUGCUGAAAAAGCUGGAUGAAGAACAGGAAGCAGAUGAAGAAGAUAUCUCAGAUGAUGAAAUCGAGGGUAAAGAAGUGUCUGACAGAAACUCAUCACCAAAUGCUGUAAGGCAGCGCCCAGUGAUCACUGCUGCCACAACGGAUAAAUCUUAGCUUUAUUUGCAUGCAGGAUUAGUGUUUGAGUCACCAACUGAGAAGGAAAUAAGUGUCAAAUCUUUUAGCUUGAAAAGAAGAAUAACUCCUGUCAUGGUGGUAAUGAUGCAUUUCAUGAAUUCAGGG